AUGAGGGGAAGGAAAAGGCUGCCUGCCUGGGAGAUAAUCAGUCACUUUCAGCACCGGGGCGAAGCGAAGGGAAGCGAAGGGAAGGGAGCUCCCAGCGGCUGGAGCCCAGGGCAGUGGAGGGACGGGGCGCGGAGGGGCAGCGGGCGCUGGCAGACUCGGAAUUCCGGCCAUGGUCCCGGGGCGGCCCGCCGGGAUCUAGGGGGCUGGAGCAGGGGAGCCGGGGGGCUGCACCUCGGGGGGCAGCGAUGCGCCAGUGACGCCAUGCGGUGGGCGCUGGUGGUGCUGUGCGGGGUCCUGUGCCAGCUGGGCGGGUCGCGGGGCCAAGGGGCCAACCUGACGCUGGCCGUGCUGCUGCCGAAGCAAAACAUGACCUACCCGUGGGCCUGGCCCCGCGUGGGCCCUGCCAUCUGGCUGGCCAUCGACCGGAUCAACCGGCAGCCGGACCUGCUGCCGGGCCACACGGUGCGCUGGGUGUUCGGGAACAGCGAAGACAAACACGGCGUCUGCUCCGACCAGGACGCCCCCGUGGCCGCCGUGGACCUCAAGCUGACCGACAACCCCGACGCCUUCAUCGGCCCCGGCUGCGUCUACAGCUCGGCGCCCGUGGCCCGCCUGACCAGCCACUGGAAGCUGCCGCUGGUGACGGCCGGGGCCGAGGCCCACGGCUUCGACAACAAGGACAUGUUCUCCCUGACCACGCGGGCCGGGCCCAGCCACCGCAAGCUGGGUGAGUACGCCGUGGGGCUGCAGCGCCACUUCAACUGGACCCACCGCGCCAUGCUGGUCUACUCGGACGAGAAGAUGGACGACCGGCCCUGCUUCUUCGCCAUCGAAGGGCUGUACAUGCAGCUGCCCACCGUCCGCAACAUCACCGUGCUGGACAUCUCCUUCAAGGACCGAGACCAGGCCAACUACACCUUCCUAAUCCAGGAGAUCAAGCAGAAGGGCAGAAUCGUGUACAUUUGCUGCCCCCCGGACACCUUCCGCCAGCUCAUGCUGCAGGCCCGGCGCGAGGGGCUCACGCAGGGGGACUUCGCCUUCUUCUACAUCGACAUCUUCGGGGCCAGCCUGCAGGGCUCCCGCUUCCCUGACCCCCAGAGGCCCUGGAGACGCGGGGACAAGGAUGAUGCCAACGCCAGGGAGGCCUUUAAGGCAGUGAUGAUCAUCACCUGCAAGGAGCCCGAGAACCCCGAGUACCAGCCCUUCCUGGAGCAGCUCAAGCAGGGGGCCCGCACCCACUUCAACUUCACCCUGCAGGACGGUCUGAUGAACUACAUCGCGGCAGCCUUCCACGACGGGGUGCUGCUGUAUGCCCGGGCCGUGAACGAGACCCUCCAGCAGGGCGGCACCGUCCGGAACGCCAGCGCCAUCACCCACCACAUGUGGAACCGCACCUUCUACGGAGUCACCGGCUUCCUGAAGAUUGAUGAGAACGGAGACCGGGAGAGCGACUAUUCACUGUGGGAUAUGGACCCCAUGUCGGGCACGUUCCAGAUUGUCUACAGCUACAAUGGCACCACCAAGAAGAUGAGCGCGGUGCCCGGGUGUGAGAUCCACUGGCCGGGGAAAGGCGUGCCCAGGGACGUCCCGCCCUGCGGCUUCGACAACAGCAACCCCCUGUGUCGCAAAGCCAGUUUAACCACCCUGGAGAUCCUCUCUGUCACGGUGAGCCUCAUCCUGCUGAUUAUCACCAUCACCUCCUUCUUCAUCUACAGGAAGCUGAAUCUGGAGAAGGAGCUGGCGGCCGAGCUGUGGCGUGUGCGCUGGGAGGACGUCCAGUCCAGCAGCCUGGAGAAACACCUGCGUAGCACCGGGAGCAAACUGACCCUGUCCCUGAGAGGCUCCAACUACGGCUCCCUGCUGACCACGGAGGGGCAGUUCCAGGUCUAUGCCAAGACGGCCUAUUACAAGGGGAACAUCGUGGCGGUGAAGCACAUCAAUCGGAAGAGAAUCGAGCUGACGCGGAAGGUGCUGUUUGAGCUGAAACACAUAAGGGACGUCCAGAAUGAACACCUGACCCGCUUCGUCGGAGCCUGCACGGACCCCCCAAACAUCUGCAUCCUGACUGAGUACUGCCCACGCGGGAGCCUCCAGGACAUCCUGGAAAACGAGAGCAUCACGCUGGACUGGAUGUUCCGGUACUCACUCACCACUGACAUCGUCAAGGGGAUGCUGUUCCUGCACAACGGGGUGAUCGUCUCCCAUGGCAACCUCAAGUCCUCCAACUGUGUGGUGGACAGCCGCUUCGUGCUCAAGAUCACGGACUACGGGCUGGAGAGCUUCCGCCUGGCCCCCGACUCCGACGACUCCCACGCGCUCUUCGCCAGUGAGGGCCGCGGCGCCCCGGGGGCCCCUGGAAACGGGGGGGGGGGGUCCCUCGGGGAGAAGCUGUGGACGGCGCCCGAGCUGCUGCGCAUGGAGGUGCCCCUGGCCCGGGGCACCCAGAAAGGCGACGUAUACAGCUUUGGGAUCAUCCUGCAGGAGAUAGCCCUGCGCAACGGGGUCUUCUACGUGGAGGGGCUGGACCUGAGCCCCAAAGAGAUCAUCGAGCGGGUGAAGAGCGGCGAGCGCCCCUACUUCCGGCCCUCCGUGAACGUGGCCUGCCACAUCGAGGAGCUGGGGCAGCUCAUGCAGCACUGCUGGGCCGAGGACGUGCUGGAGCGGCCGGACUUCAACCAGAUCAAGGUCCUGCUCCGCAAGUUCAACAGGGAGAACACCAGCAACAUCCUGGACAACCUGCUGUCGCGCAUGGAGCAGUACGCCAACAACCUGGAGGAGCUGGUGGAGGAGCGGACGCAGGCCUACCUGGAGGAGAAGCGCAAGGCCGAGGCCCUGCUCUACCAGAUCCUGCCCCACUCUGUGGCCGAGCAGCUGAAGCGCGGGGAGACGGUGCAGGCUGAGGCCUUCGACAACGUCACCAUCUACUUCAGCGACAUCGUGGGGUUCACAGCGCUGUCGGCAGAGAGCACCCCCAUGCAGGUUGUGACCUUGCUGAACGACCUGUACACCUGCUUCGACGCCAUCAUCGACAACUUCGACGUCUACAAGGUGGAGACGAUCGGCGACGCCUACAUGGUGGUGUCGGGGCUGCCGGUGCGCAACGGCAAACUGCACGCCUGCGAGGUGGCCCGCAUGUCCCUGGCCCUGCUCGACGCCGUGCGCACCUUCAAGAUCCGCCACCGGCCAGACCAGCAACUCAAGCUACGCAUCGGGAUCCACAGCGGCCCGGUCUGCGCGGGGGUGGUCGGUCUGAAGAUGCCCCGUUAUUGCCUCUUUGGGGACACGGUGAACACGGCCUCACGGAUGGAGUCCAAUGGGGAAGCCCUGAAGAUCCACCUGUCGUCAGCCACCAAGAGCGUCCUGGAGGAGGUCGGCUGCUUCGAGCUGGAGCUGCGUGGGGAUGUGGAGAUGAAGGGCAAGGGCAAGAUGCGGACGUACUGGCUGCUGGGUGAGCGCAUGAGCAGCACGCGGGGCUGA